GAUCACGCGCGAUCCCACAUUACAUAAACUUUAUAAAGAAGUCAGAUAUAAAUGUUAAAUGUUCGAGGUCACAUAUUUUAUAAUUUAUUGUCUGAAUAGGUACAUUGGCACCAGAUUUGACAAAGUAAGCGAACAUAUGCGUAACCUAUUAGUGAAAGAAGAACAUGGGCUGAGAUGUACAUGGAAAAAACCUAUGAUUGUUCUUCAUCGAUACACCUUGUAUACGGACAAUUAUAAACAAACAUUGUGGAUUUUAAUGCACUUACAUUUAGAAUUAUGUCGUCUUGCUCGUGAAUUAAAUUUGAUAUUUGGAAUGCAAAUGACUUUCGAAAUGACAUCCUGUUUAUUAUACUUAACAGGACUAUGCCAUUUAGUAUGCCAGUUGAUAAUGAGAGAAUAUAGAGAAUUAUUGUCAAUAUAUUUCUGGUUUGAUGUUAACAUGUGGAUCUUUUUAUUUUUAUUAAAAGUCUAUAUUGUAAAUUACACAUGUGAAAGUGUUUCUUUAAAGGCUAAUAAAAUUGACAAUAUAAUUCAUGAACUGUCAAGUGCUCUUCGAUAUGCAGAUGUUUGGAAAGAGAUUUGUCAGUUUACUUUACAAAUAAGAUACCAUCAAUUGAAAUUUACUGGAAUGGGUCUUUUCUACUUUGGCAAUUCAUUUUUGCGAAAGUUGUGUAUAACAAUUUUAACUUUUGUAAUUAUUAUGAGACAAAUGGAAAUACCCUAACAAUUUGUAAAUAUUUGUAUAAUUGUUCUUCAAGAAAAUAACAAAGCUGAUCCAUUGUUGAGAUACGUUUCUAACAUAUAAUUCAUAAAUUUAUCAAAAUUAAUUAUUCUU